UAAUGUCUCCUCGAAUUGUUUCCUUCAAGUCAAUCAUUCUAUUAAUUUCCCCUCUCCUUCUACAAUUCUCCCUUAUCAAUGCUCAUGGAGGGAGCGAUGACGCUGCUAAUGAUGACCAUGCAGAUCUGCAUGAAAAGGGAUUAAUUUUGGUCAAAGUAUGGUGCUUGAUCAUUCUUCUUGUAACCACUUUCGCCGGUGGCGUCUCCCCUUACUUUUAUAGAUGGAACGAGAGCUUUCUUCUCUUGGGUACGCAAUUUGCUGGUGGGGUUUUUCUUGGAACCUCUAUGAUGCAUUUCUUGAGCGAUUCAAAUGAAACUUUUGGUGAUCUCACUUCUAAAGGAUACCCUUUUGCAUUUAUGCUGGCAUCAGCGGGAUAUCUUCUGACGAUGCUUGGUGAUUGCAUAAUCAGUUUUGUUGCCAAGGGGUCAAGUGAAAAAGAAGCUAGAGUGGAAGAAGAAGGAAGGACAGUUAGUGAUCAUAAAGAGGAUGUGAAUCCAGUUUUUAUAAGAACAACAUCCUUUGGAGACACCAUUCUUCUAAUUCUUGCCCUUUGUUUCCAUUCAGUGUUUGAGGGCAUCGCUGUGGGAGUAGCAGGUUCCAAGGCAGAGGCAUGGAGGAAUUUGUGGACAAUUUCAUUACACAAGAUUUUUGCAGCUAUUGCAAUGGGAAUUGCACUACUGAGGAUGUUACCAAAGAGGCCAUUUUUACUAACAGUGGCUUACUCGUUUGCCUUUGCUGUUUCGAGCCCCAUCGGUGUAGGGAUAGGCAUUGCCAUCGAUGCCACAACUCAAGGACAUGUCGCUGAUUGGGUCUACGCAAUCUCAAUGGGACUUGCUUGUGGGGUUUUCAUUUAUGUUGCCAUUAACCAUCUCAUUGCUAAAGGCUUCAAGCCGCAAGCUAAGUGUUAUUUUGAUACCCCCUUCUUCAAGUUUCUUGCUGUGCUUCUUGGGGUUGGAGUCAUAGCAGUUGUUAUGAUUUGGGACUGAUGUGGUGCAAUUUUCGGUAUUGAUUUGGUGGGUGUUUGUAUAUUUUUAUAGUUUUUCAAAUUCCUUGACAAAGUUCAGAGUCUUUUUCCUUUUCUGCCAUAUCUUAUUUUAGGUGAUA